CUGCCUGUGAGUGAUUGGGGAUUUGGUUGUAUUUUCACAGGUGACAGGAUGAGAGGGAGAGCUAGUUUCUGUGUGUGUUGGCUUUUAUUUCUGAGGAAAACGUAUCUAGGUGUUGGGCUGUGUUUCCAAGAAGGGAGUGUAGAUGUGUGUCUCUGAAAGAAGGGUAGGUGUAUGUCCCCCUGAGUUGGCGGGCUGCAUUAGGUUGUAUUUUGAAAGGCAGAUGUGCAUGUGUGAGUGUGCAUAUUUUUAUUUUUUAGAAGUGAAAGAGUGUGUCCAGAGUGUGUUGUGUUUCUGAGUGUUUCAUUGUAUUUCUAAGAAGAGACAGAGCAUAUUAAGUUGUAUUCAGAGAGGGGCAUGUGUGUGUAUUUCAUUGUAUUUGAAAGAAGAGCGCGUGUAUUUUUGAAAGAAUGUGUAUUGUGUUUUUAAGAAGGAGGGUGUGUUUCUGAGAGGGGAGCGUGUGCAUGCGUGUGUAUGUGUGUGUUGUUCAAGGGCUCCAGGGGAACCAUGAGCUGUUCAUUGACUUCGUCACCCACAUACAACCACACGAAGUCCCACAUGUGAGACCCCCACCCCUCAUAAUCUUGGCCUCAGACCCUCAGCUGUUGCAUGGCCAGUGUGACAUCCAUGGGCCACACCUGCCACGCCUGUGUCCCAGCAUGCCUUGGGCUGACUGGACCUGUCUGCAGUGAAGGGUGGAGUUCCUUUAACUUCGGGAUCUGUCAGCUCCUCAGGCCCUGGGAGCCAACACGUGGGGUUCCCUCCCUAGCCCCCCAAUCUAGCACCUCCUUGCUUCCAGCAUCCCAGCCCCUUGGGCUCUCAUCCCGGCCCAGCCCCAGUGGUCCGACUGGUUCCCAACAAAAACACCCUAAGAAUGAGCUCACAGAGAGGCGCCCCACCCCACUCACCCAGCGGGGGAGGGCACCUGCAGUCCAGGUCACAUGGCCGGGAGGUCUGGCCAGGGUAUCUGGGGUCUUUGGGGUGGGGAGGAUUGACCAGGUGAGCUGAGGACAGGUGGGACCACAAGACAGCUGUCUACCCUCUUUUGAUUAGUUAUACACGGGAUUUUGGAGUUGCCCUCAGGGCAGAGCCCUGCACCAAGGACAGGAAAGGUGGCCUAGACUGUGCUGGCUGGGAUGCUGGGUGUGGGACGGGAUGCUGGCUGGGGUGAGGAGGGCACGAGGCAGAGGGCUGGCAGAGAUGGCUGGAGAGGAAGACAGCUGGGAGAGGUCCUGCCGGCAAGAAUGGCCUGGAGACUGAAGGGUUGGCUCUCCUGGCCCCAGCAGUGAUUCCCCAAUCCUGGCCACCCCCAGGAGCAGCCAUGUCUGUCCAGGUGGCAGCCCCUGGAAGCACAGGGCUGGGCCCAGAGCGCUUGAGCCCUGAGGAGCUGGUGCGGCAGACGCGACAAGUGGUGCAGGGGCUGGAGGCCCUGCGGGCUGAGCACCACGGCCUGGCCAGGCAUCUGGCUGAGGCCCUGGCAGGACAGGGCCUGGUGGCUGGCUUGGAACUGCUGGAAGAAAAGCAGCAGGUGGUGAGCCACUCGCUGGAGGCCAUCCAGCUGGGGCUAGGCGAGGCCCAGCCAGAAUCCCCCCCUCGCCGAGACAGCCUGGUCUCCUUGUUCCCCAGUGAGGAGGAGGAGAGGAAAGGUCCUGAGGCAGCGGGGGCUGCGGCCGCUCAGCAGGGUGGCUACGAGAUCCCGGCCCGCCUUCGGACCCUGCACAAUCUUGUGAUCCAGUACGCGGGACAGGGCCGCUAUGAAGUUGCCGUGCCGCUGUGCCGCCAGGCCCUGGAGGAUCUGGAGCGAAGCUCAGGCCACUGCCACCCUGAUGUGGCCACCAUGCUCAACAUCUUGGCACUGGUAUACCGGGACCAGAACAAAUACAAAGAGGCCACGGACCUUCUGCAUGAUGCCCUGCAGAUCCGGGAGCAGACGCUGGGCCCUGAGCACCCCGCAGUGGCUGCCACCCUCAACAACCUGGCUGUCCUCUAUGGAAAGCGCGGGCGCUACCGGGAGGCAGAGCCCCUGUGCCAGCGCGCCCUGGAGAUCCGGGAAAAGGUCCUGGGCGCCGACCACCCAGACGUGGCCAAGCAGCUCAACAACCUGGCGCUGCUCUGCCAGAACCAGGGCAAGUUCGAGGAGGUGGAACAGCACUAUGCCCGAGCCCUGAGCAUCUAUGAAGCCCUGGGCGGGCCCCACGACCCGAACGUGGCCAAAACCAAGAACAACCUGGCCUCAGCCUACCUGAAACAGAACAAGUACCAGCAGGCAGAAGAGCUGUACAAGGAAAUCCUCCGUAGGGAGGACCUGCCAGCCCCUCUCGGUGAGCCCCCAGCUCCCCCCCCCACCCCAGGAGGCUUCUCAGUGUCCUCACGGGUGUCCCCUUCCUGUUCCUCAGGAGCCCCCAACCCAGGCACAGCUGGUGAUGCAGGACAACAGACCCUUCGUCGGAGCAGCUCAUUCUCCAAGCUUCGUGAGUCCAUCCGGCGUGGAAGCGAGAAGCUGGUCUCCCGUCUCCGAGGCGAGGGGCUGGCGGGGGCAGCCGGGAUGAAGAGAGCUGUGUCACUCAGUGUGCUGAACACAGACAGCCCAGGGGCUGCUGGGAUCCAGGUCUCCAAUCGGCACCUAAGCGAGGCCUCGCGGACCCUCAGCACCAGCACCCAGGACCUGGGUCCCCGCUGAAGGCGACAGACCACGAGGCUGCAGCUCCCGGGGGCGCUGGGGAGAGCUGUGGGGGGAGUGGAGUGGCUUCCCCAGUACCAUCUCCUGAGAUUAAAGGCCUUGGCUCUGGCGGUCAGGA